AUGGCUUCUCGCAGGGCGCCGCUCGUGGAUAAUGCCCAGGUCAAGUCGGCCUCGCUUCACAACCCGUUGCCUCUGCCGCUGCACACGUACAUCUGGCCUUUCCUGAUCGUCUGGCCCGUCUUCUUCGCCUUCUACCUGUCUGAAGAACGCUACGAGAAGCACUUCAACGGUCAAGAGUGGACCUUUGUCUGGUCUGGCAGCAUUGUCACCAUCCAGUCCCUCUUCUGGCUCUCCACCUUCUGGAACAUCAACAUCCGUUCUCUCUUCACCACCACACGCGCCUCGGACGUUCGCAGCGCUGGCCUGAUCAAGCUUCUCCCUGCUGAGAACGCUGGUUCUGCCGACAUCUGCCCCAUCGAGCGCGAGACCGUCGACGGCAAGACCAAUGUCUCCUUCCUUUUCCAGAAGCGCCGCUUCCUCUACUCGUCCGAGACUGCUACCUUUGCCCCUCUCUCAUACCCCCUGGAUCGGGAAGUAAAGCCAACUAUUGGCGAGUUCCAAAAGUCAAAGGGUCUCACUACUGCACAAGAAGUAGCCCGUCUCCAGCAAUACUAUGGCCCAAACACUUUCGACAUUCCCGUGCCCUCGUUCACCGAGCUAUUCAAGGAACACGCCGUUGCGCCCUUCUUCGUCUUCCAGAUCUUCUGUGUCGGCCUCUGGAUGCUCGACGAAUACUGGUACUAUUCACUCUUCACCCUCUUCAUGCUCGUCGUCUUUGAAAGCACCGUCGUCUGGCAAAGACAGCGUACUCUGACUGAGUUCCGUGGAAUGAGCAUCAAGCCUUAUGACAUCUGGGUCUACAGAGAAAAGAAGUGGAUUGAGGUUCAGAGCGACGCACUCUUGCCCGGUGAUCUCGUCUCGGUCGGCCGUACAAAGGAAGAUAGCGGUGUCGCAUGCGACAUGCUCUUGGUCGAGGGCUCUGCUAUUGUCAACGAGGCUAUGCUUUCUGGUGAGAGUACCCCCGUACUCAAGGACUCGGUCCAGCUCCGCCCCUCUGACGCCCGCAUCGAGCCUGAAGGUCUUGACAAGCUUGCUUUCCUGUAUGGCGGUACCAAGGUUCUACAGGUCACUCAUGGUAACACUGGAUCCGAUGACUCGGACAAGAUCCAUCCCGUUGUUUCGGGUGUACCUGCAGCUCCUGAUAACGGUGCCAUGGCUAUUGUUGUCAGAACCGGUUUUGAGACCAGCCAAGGCAGUCUUGUCCGCACCAUGAUCUACUCUACUGAGCGCGUGUCGGCCAACAACGUCGAGGCUUUGCUCUUCAUUCUGUUCCUCACUGUCUUCGCCAUCGCCGCCUCGUGGUACGUUUGGACCGAGGGUGUCGCCAAGGACAGGAAGCGCUCCAAGCUCCUCCUGGACUGUGUUCUCAUUGUCACCAGCGUUGUGCCCCCAGAGCUGCCCAUGGAACUGAGUUUGGCGGUCAACACUUCCCUUGCUGCUCUCAGCAAGUACGCUAUCUUCUGUACAGAACCUUUCCGCAUUCCCUUCGCCGGUCGUGUUGAUAUUGCCUGCUUUGACAAGACCGGAACACUUACCGGAGAAGACCUCGUCGUCGAUGGUGUUGCUGGUCUCACUCUUGGGCAGGAAGGUGCAGCUGCUGAGGCCGAUGGUGCUCAGACACAACUCGUACCCUUGAACGACACUGGUGUUUGCACCACUUUGGUUCUUGCUACUGCUCACGCUCUCGUGAAACUCGAAGAUGGUGACGUUGUUGGUGAGCCCAUGGAGAAGGCCACUCUUGCUUCUCUUGGCUGGACUGUUGGUCGCAACGACACUCUAACUAGCAAGACCGCUGUCGGUGCCAAAGGCACCGGUCAGUCCGCUGCUGACUUGGUUCAGAUCAAGCGUAGAUUCCAGUUCUCCUCUACUCUCAAACGCCAGAGCUCCGUUGCGACUGUUGUCACUACUCAGCGCGAUUCUGGAAAGAAAACCAGAAGCACAUUUGUCGGUGUCAAGGGCGCCCCCGAGACCAUCAGAAAUAUGCUCGUCGACGUUCCUCCCAAGUACGAGGAGACUUUCAAGUACUUCUCGAGAAAUGGUGCUCGCGUCCUCGCCCUUGCCUACAAGUUCAUGUCCACUAGUGAUGAGAUUGGUCAAAACAAGAUCAACGACAUGAAGCGUGAGGAGGCCGAAUGUGACCUCCAUUUCGCCGGUUUCCUUGUCUUGCAAUGUCCGCUCAAGGACGAUGCUAUCAAGGCUGUUCGCAUGUUGAACGAGAGCAGUCAUCGUUGCAUUAUGAUCACUGGUGACAACCCUUUGACAGCUAUUCAUGUUGCUAGAAAGGUCGAAAUUGUCGAUCGCGAAACUCUUAUUCUUGACGCUCCUGAACACGACAACUCUGGCCAGAAUCUUGUCUGGAGAAGCAUCGACGACAAGAUCAGUAUUCCCGUCGACCCCGCUGAGCCUAUCGACCCCGAAAUCAUCAAGACCAAGGAUCUUUGCGUAACUGGUUACGCACUCUCCAAGUUUACUGGCCAGGAGGCUUUGAAAGAAAUCAUUCGCCACACUUGGGUUUACGCUCGUGUUUCGCCCAAGCAAAAGGAAGAAAUUCUUCUCGGCCUUAGAGAUGCCGGAUACGUCACUUUGAUGGCAGGUGAUGGUACAAACGACGUCGGCGCUCUCAAGCAAGCACACAUUGGUGUUGCUCUUCUCAACGGAACCGAGGAUGACCUCAAGAAGAUCGCCCAGAACUUCAGAGAGACGAAGAUGAAGGACGUCUACGAGAAGCAGUGUUCCAUGAUGAAGCGCUUCAAUCAGCCUUCUCCUCCUGUCCCUGUCCACAUUGCCCACCUCUACCCUCCCGGUAUCGGCAACCCUCAUUACGACAAAGCCAUGGAGCGUGAAGCCGCUAACAAGGGCACCACCACCGAAGUCCUGAAGGCUGUCACUGAAGCCAAGCAUAAAGCUGAUGCUGCUACCGCUACCGCUAAGGAUGGUGAGACCGCCCCUAAAGCUGCUCUCACUGUCCAGGAGGAACGCAAACAAAAGGCUCAGAAUGCUGCAAGUGCUAUGGCUGAGAAGAUGUCUAUCUCGAUGAUGGAAGAUGCCCUUACCGAUGACGAACCCCCUACCAUUAAACUCGGAGACGCUUCGGUUGCCGCUCCCUUCACUAGCAAGCUGGCUAAUGUUGUCGCCAUUCCCAACAUUAUUCGCCAGGGUCGUUGCACUCUCGUUGCUACCAUUCAGAUGUACAAGAUUUUGGCACUGAACUGUCUGAUUUCUGCCUACAGUUUGAGUGUGUUGUACCUUGACGGUAUCAAGUUUGGUGAUGGCCAGGUCACGAUCAGUGGUAUGCUGAUGAGCGUCUGUUUCCUCUCCAUCUCCCGCGCCAAGACCGUUGAAACACUUUCCAAGGAGAGACCUCAGCCCAACAUUUUCAACCCAUACAUCAUCGGUUCGGUUCUUGGACAGUUCGCCGUCCACAUUGUCACCUUGAUCUACAUUUCCAGAUAUGUUCAACGCACUGAGCCCAAGAAGUCCGACAUUGAUCUCGAGGGUGAAUUCGAGCCUUCGCUGCUCAACUCUGCCAUCUACCUCUUGCAGCUCAUUCAACAAAUUUCCACCUUUGCUAUAAACUACCAGGGUCGUCCCUUCCGCGAGUCCAUCAAGGAGAACAAGGGAAUGUACUAUGGUAUUGUUAUGGUCACUGGUGUCGCCUUCUCCUGUGCCACCGAGUUCAUCCCCGAAAUCAACGAGCAGCUCAAGCUGGUUCCUUUCACCACCGAAUUCAAGAUCACCAUGACCACCAUCAUGGUUCUCGAUUACUGUGGUUGUUGGAUCAUUGAGAAGGUGCUCAAGCACAUGUUCAGUGACUUCCGUCCAAAGGACAUUGCCAUCAGACGCCCCGACCAGCUUGCCAUUGAAUUCCAACGCAAGAAGGAGGAAGAGGAGAAGAUUGAGAACGAAAAGAUUGCUGCGCUUGAGAAGCAGCUUGGAAAAGCAUAG